UUUUAGCCCAAGAUGACGAAGAUCGCGUCCCCAAAUCGACUGAUUGUCUUAUCUAAUGUCAUUGCGGAGAAGACAAAAGCCAUCUCGGAUUUCCUGGCCUCCAAGGGACUUGAGCCUCCCUCUUUCGAUGUUGAUGGACUAGCUGACUAUGCAAUUUCGGCUGACGACAAAGAUGCCUAUGAGGCUCGUUUGGAGCUGAUUGCAGCAUCAAAAGAGCUUUAUGCCCUUUCCCACGGUCCAAAGGAUCAUAUUCGAAACCUUUGCUGGGAUGCCAUGGAUCCAUUAUCCCUACAUGCCAUUUGGACAUUCAGGGUCCCACAGGCUGUCCCACUGACCGGAAAAAUAUCAUAUGAAGACCUGGCGGAGAAGUGCCAUCAAUUGAGUGGAGUUUUGGUACCACUGUUUACAUUCCGACGGAUUGUCCGCCACGCUAUCACGAACCGCUUCUUCUGUGAGCCGGAACUUGGAUUCGUUAUGCACAAUCGGACAUCCCGAGUUCUUCUCGAGGAGGAAACCUUGGAUGCCUGGGUAGGUCUAUUCUGUAAUGACAUGUGGCCUGGCUUUGUCUAUACAGUUGAAGCUCUGCGGAGAUGGCCCGGGAGUGGGGAGCCAAAUGAGACUGGUAUUAAUGUGGCCUAUAACCAUAAUCUCAGUUGGUUCGAUCAUACUUCUCGCAAUGAUGUUGUCGCCGAUAGAUAUAGCAAAAGUAUGAAGGCACAUGGCGGUGGUGUUGGAUUUGAUGUCUCGCACACCGUGACCGGUUAUCCAUGGGGAGAUAUUGGUGAGGGAACAGUUGUUGACACUGUAGUAGCAGAUGUCUACUUCUUCCGUUGGGUCUUUCACGGCUUUGCGGAGAAGUAUGCUAUCCAGGUUUUACGGGCUUUGAUUCCGGUGCUUAAGAAAGGAGCCAAGAUUGUUAUCAACGACGGCGUGAUUCCUGAGCCCGGGGCUGUCCCAUGGAUGGAAUAUCGAAGUAUUAGAUGUAUGGAUCUUUUGGGACAGGCAGUGAACAACACCGGCGAAAGGGCUUUGGAUGAUUGGAUAGGUCUGUUCAAAGUAGCCGAUCCCCGAUUUAAGUUCCUGAAUGCAUGGAAGCCCCCGAAGAGCACAAUUUGGUUCGUUGAGGCUGAGUGGCAGCCAUAA